AUGGGAACCCGAGGCUCUCCUGAAGAAACCGCCAGCGAAACAGUGUAUCGGUACUGGCGCCAAUACGGUGGCCGUGGUCAUGCUACGUAUCUACGACACUACCACGUUUUCAAGGUUCUUGCUAGAGUCUUGAAGAAGGGCAAAUGGUAUUACCACUGCCAGUGGGUGGGAUACUCGGACACGCGUCAGGAUACAACGUUGGAGCCUCCAAAAAAGGUAAUGAGGAUUGCCAAGGAUGUGCUUGCUGAGUUUGAGGCUAGUCGAGUGGCUGGUAACCAGAACAAUCUGGCGGCGAAUCCUUAG